AUCAAACAAAUCGAAAUCAAUCAACAAUUCCUCUCUUUCGUGGUUAGAAAGCUAUGAAUCUCUUUCUCUCUUGCCCAGAAAGUAGAGAAAGAGAAGAUGCUGGCUUAUUGGAGUACUGUUUCUCCCUUUUUCUCACAUGGACAAAGAAACAGAUUCUCCUGCAAAUCAGAUGACCUUCAAACUCCAACCGCCGUUCCUCAGCCCAAGAAGAGGGCAGUGGUCAUCGGCUCUGGCUGGGCUGGCCUUGGCGCUGCUCAUCACCUCUGUAAACAGGGACUUGAUGUAACAGUUCUAGAAGGUGGUUAUGAAUCAGAGUUAAGCAGGAUAACAUCUAGCCCAGAUGAAUUCGGAAUGAGAGGCUUCUCGUAUCCAUAUCGGAAUAUUUUUGCCCUUGUUGAAGAGCUUGGGAUAAAGCCAUUCACAAACUGGACAACAUCUGCCCAGUAUUCAGCAGAUGGAUUAUUGGAGGUCAAGUUCCCGGUUUUGCAAGAUUUGCCUCAAUGGCCAACUCCAUUAGGGACUUUAUUAUACACUCAGUUUGCUCGACUCGAUUUGCUAGAUCGAUUAACAUCACUUCCUUUAAUGGCUGCUGUUGUGGAUUUUGACAAUACUGAUGAUGCUUGGAGAAGAUAUGAUUCAAUUACUGCAAGGGAACUUUUUAAACAAUUUGGAUGCUCGGAAAAGCUGUAUAGUAGUGUUCUUGAUCCUCUACUUCAAGUGGGAUUGUUUGCACCGGCUGAGCAAUGUAGUGCAGCCGCCACUCUCGGAAUGCUGUACUAUUUUGUUCUUGCCCACCAGAAAGAUUUUGAUUUUGUUUGGACCCGUGGGACGGUUAAAGAGAAGAUCUUUGAUCCAUGGAUUGACAAUCUGAAAGGAAAAGGUUGCAAGUUUUUGAAUGGUAGAAGAGUAACUGAUUUUGGUUAUAACGAUGAAACGGGGUCCAUCUCUGAAGUGGUUUGCGGUAAAGAAAGUUUGAAAGCCGAUGCUGUAGUUUUGGCUGUUGGAAUUGGAAUGCUUCAAGAAAUCGUGAAAAGCAGUGCGGUAUUAUCUAGAAGAGAGGAAUUUCUGAAAGUUCUUAACUUGUCUUGCACCGAUCUGCUCACAGUUAAACUGCAGCUUGACAAGAAGGUUAAUAUACCAAAUGCAAGCAAUGCCUGCUCUGGACAGGAUGAUGAUUCGUAUGCAUGGACUUUUUUCGACUUGAACAAGAUUUAUGACGAUUAUAAAGAAGAAGAAUCCUCGUUCAUACAAGCCGACUUUUUUAAUGCCAAUGAGUUGCUGCCUCUGAAGGACGAGGACAUAGCUUCGAAAGCAUUGUCAUGUCUAUCGAAAUGCAUCAAGGGAAUUGAUGGUGCCACGAUCAUUGAUAAGGAAAUCGGCAGAUUUCCAAGAUCUUUGACUCGAUAUUUCCCAGGUUCAUACAAGUACAUGAUGCGGGGAACUACUUCCUUUUCGAAUAUGUUUAUGGCUGGAGAUUGGAUUAUGAGCAGACAUGGAUCUUGGUUACAGGAGAAAUCGUAUGUGAUGGGGAUUGAAGCUGCCAAUCGUGUGGUGGAUUAUCUUGAAGAAGGGAACUUUGCCAAGAUUAUGCCGGUUGAAGAAGAUGAAUCCCAUAUUCAAUAUCUGCGUAGUCUUAGUAGAAGCUUUAGCGAUUUGAAAUUGCAACUUCCAUGGUCUGACUUCUUCAUCCAAUGAGGUUUUUUGGACAGUUUAUUUGGAAUAUAGUCUUCUUUUAUAUACAUGUAUAAAUUAAACAU